AUGAGCCAAGCAGAGCGAGAGAGUCGGUACCGCGGUACCGGUGCCGAUAUGGAGCUAGACGAUGAUCCAAGUAUCCGUCGUCGUGGUCGUGGGUUUGGUGCACAGGCCUCUGGCCAAGAUGCCGAUGGCGUCAAGACUGGGGACUUUGAGCGCCUACCAGCUAUGGAUACAGCAUCUGAUGUGGAUACACACGCGGCCCGGUCGAUGGAAGGCUGGGUCAUCAUGGUAACGAACGUGCAUGACGAAGCGACAGAAGACGAUGUGAUGGAUCUCUUCUUGGAUUUCGGUAAGGUCAGGGAUCUGCACUUGAACCUGGACCGUCGGACAGGCUAUGUCAAGGGGUAUGCGCUCUUGCAAUACGAGACGCAACAAGAAGCACGCGAUGCAAUUGAGGCGUGCCAAAAAGGCCUCACGUUGCUGGAGCAGCCUCUCGAGGCCGACUAUGCCUUUGUGCAGCCGCCCAAGCACUCGUUGUCGGCACGCAGCACUCGUCGCGCUCCGCGCCGAGAGCGCAGCUUGUCACCCAUGCGUUCGUAA